CACUAUUACUUCUUAAACCUUCGUAAAUAAAUAUAAUUUUCGGAAAAGUUAUAAAAAAAAACUAAACGCCUAACAAAAAUAAACCAUUCACCAUGGUGACAUUGAUUCGUAGGUAAUAACAAACGGUCUCCACGAAAAGAUUUUUAGUAUAUACUCAUAUAGUUCAUUUACUUCUUUAAAAAAUUAAAAUGCCAACGCGUAAUACAGUUUAUUACAAUAAUGUAAGGAUUAAUUAUCUGUCAUACUAUUUUUAUGGUUGAGCAAAUCGAGUAUUUUUUAAUUUUUUGAAUUUAUGAAGACUUUCGGCCAAUUUUGUCAAUUAUUAAUUUACGAUAUUAAAUUCGUUAUUAGUACCAUCUCUACGUUUUUGACAGCAGAGUGGUAGCCAAUCAGCGCUAACCACGAACACGCACACAAAAAUAUUGUUAGUGUAUCAAUGUAAUUCGCACAUUUGCCAGCGAAAUUUGAAGAUUAGAAUUAAAUAAGAUCUUUUAAAUUAUGAAAAUAAAUAACUACAUUAAAUAAGUGAGACAUAUAUUUAAAAAGUUAAAAUUUCAACGAUGAGAACCUUAGCACUUAUCUUUCUUGUGCAAAUUGCUUUUUGCCUCUUGAGUGUUGCGUUUGCGGGUCGAGAUUUCUAUAAAAUUCUUAAUGUAAAAAAGUCGGCCUCAACAAAUGAAAUUAAGAAAGCAUACCGAAAACUAGCGAAAGAACUGCAUCCGGACAAAAACAAGGAUGAUCCCUCUGCUUCUGAAAAGUUUCAAGAUUUGGGUGCGGCAUAUGAAGUACUAUCUGAUCCGGACAAAAGAAAAACAUAUGAUCGAUGUGGCGAGGAAUGUCUUAAAAAAGAUGGAAUGAUGGAUCAUGGAGCAGACCCUUUCGCUAGUUUCUUUGGUGAUUUUGGUUUUCACUUUGGUAACGGUGAUCCACAUGAACAUCAAGCUGCUCGCGGAGCCAAUAUUGUAAUGAACUUAUAUGUGACUUUGGAAGAGUUGUAUUCCGGCAACUUUGUAGAAAUUGUUCGAAACAAACCGGUGCUAAAACCGGCUACCGGUACACGUAAGUGUAAUUGCCGUCAAGAAAUGGUAACUCGCAAUUUGGGUCCCGGUCGAUUCCAAAUGAUACAGCAAACGGUAUGUGAUGAAUGUCCAAACGUUAAACUUGUCAAUGAGGAACGUACAUUAGAAGUUGAAGUUGAAGCAGGUAUGGUAGAUGGGCAAGAAACACGUUUUGUUGCCGAAGGUGAGCCCCACUUGGAUGGAGAGCCCGGCGAUCUUAUAAUUAAAAUAAUGCAAACUCCGCAUAAGAGUUUCCAGAGAAAAGGUGAUGAUUUGUACACGAACGUUACAAUAAGUUUACAGGAUGCGCUUAUUGGAUUUACUAUGAAUAUCACACACUUGGAUGGUCACGCUGUGAGCAUUACUCGGGAAAAAAUAACAUGGCCAGGUGCACGCAUCCGUAAGAAGGGUGAAGGUAUCCCAAAUUAUGAAAAUAAUAAUUUGCAAGGCAAUCUAUAUAUAACAUUCGAUGUGGAGUUUCCAAAAAAAGAGUUAAACGAUGCCGAAAAAGAAGAUCUUAAAAAAAUACUUGAUCAGACGUCCAUUAACAGGGUUUACAACGGGCUGUGAAAUUUGAAAAUAGCAUUCACUGAUAAUUUUUAGUUAAUUAAUGAAUUUUUUGUCUAAAAUUGUUUUAGACAAGUGAACUAGUAAUAUUUAAAUUGUAACAUAUAUUUUGAACUUUAAAAUUAAGUUAUUUUUUAACGUCGGGUUAAAUAGAUUUCAACUGAAAUAAUUAAAGUAAAUUCUAAGUUAUUACAAAAUACCAAAUGAUGCUACACGAGACGAAAUAUAACAUUUUUGUUUAAA